CUACGAUUACGCAGUGUCUCUGCUUCCUAGGGUCGCUGACUCUGUCUGGUGGUGUGUCGUGUCCUCUUAGCAUUAUACUUCUAGUUGAAGAUGAUCUGAGAAGAAGGAAGAAUGGCCACCUGCUGAUUAAAAUGUCUCCAAUACCCCACGAAUGGGCACGCUACUACUACUACGCCUACUUUUUAGUAGUAGUCUUUGUCGUCGUAGUCGUAGUUGUCGUAGUCGUGGUAGUCGAACUGGGAUCCAUUCUAUGCUUUCUCCGGCUGAUGCGUGCUCGUCCAAUCGAACAAGUUAUACUUAGAGUACACGUACAGCGGCAGAAGCUUUGGCCUUCCAAGAAAGUCGUCGAGUAG